GCGCCUUGAACCAGGAUGGCUGAGCCCCGCCAGGAGUUCGACAUGAUGGAAGAUCAUGCUGGAACAUACGGGCUAGGGGAGAGGAAAGACCAGGGGGGCUACACCCUGCUCCAAGACCAAGAGGGUGACCUGGACCAUGGCCUGAAAGAAUCUCCCCUGCAGAUCCCAGCUGAGGAUGGAUCGGAGGAACCAGGCUCUGAAACCUCUGAUGCCAAGAGCACUCCGACAGCCGAAGACGUGACAGCACCUUUAGUGGAUGAGAGAGCCCCCGGCGAGCAGGCUGCCGCCCAGCCCCCCACGGAGAUCCCAGAAGGAACCACAGCUGAAGAAGCAGGCAUUGGAGACACCCCCAGCCUGGAAGACCAAGCUGCUGGACACGUGACUCAAGUGGGCAAGGGCACGGAGCCACAAAUACAUGGAGGUUUCUACCUCUACUACCAAGGCCAGUACUUGCUGCCUGGGUUGGGACUGCUGGUCCAAACUGCCAAGCCCAGUUCCAUGCAGCGAACCCUAGUCGUGGAGAUCAGGCCUGUUGGGAAGCGUGGGGGGCGACUCAUGUGGCCCACUGUGUUUGCCUCGGACUCGUGGGCCUAUGAUCGAGGCCUGGACAAAUCCGAAUGUGCUUCUGUUGAUAAGAAUCUUGUGGCAGGAGCCCCCCAGCAGUGGGAACCAAAAGGUGGGGAUAAGGAGGGCCCCUCAUUUCUGAAGCCCGCCUCCCCCGGACCUCUCCACACGGAGGCUCAGAGUGACCAGGUUGUCCAGGAAAGCCUCCUGGGGGAGCCAGGGCGCGGUGGAGGCGAGGCUGCCAGCGCCCUGGGUCUAAGCCCCCAGCACCUGCCCGACUCUCCUGGGGCUCCCAUCCUGCCCAAAGGCCCGACAGAAGCCACUUGCCAGCCUCCGGGGACAGGACCUGAGGACACAGAGGGAAGCCAGCGUGCCACAGCCUUGCUAAAGCGCCAGCUUUCAGGAGACCUGCUCCAGGAGGGGCCGCCUCCGAAGGGGGAAUGGAGCAAAGAGAGGCCCCGAGCCGAGGUGGAAGUUGACGAAGACCGCGAUGUCGAUGAGUCCUCACCCCAAGACUCCCCUCCCUCCCAGGUCUCCCCAGCCCGGGGUGGUCCAUCCCCACAGGCAACCUCCAGAGAAGCCGCUGGCCUCCGGGGUUCCCCUUCAGAGGCUGCCAUGCCCCUCCCUGUCGAUUUCCUCCCCAAAGUUCCUGCAGAGACCCAGGCCUCGGAGCCCAGCGCGGGGCUGGCGGCGGCGGCAGCGGAGGGGUCCGAGGCUCCUCCUGGGUUCACGUUCCACGUGGAGAUCCGACCCCACGUGCCGAAGGAACCCGCACCUUCUGAGUCGGAUUUGGAAGGGGUCAAACUCCCGGGGGCUCAGGGUUCCUCCAUGGGAGAGGACACAAAACAGGUUGACCUUCCAGAAGCAUCUGAAAAGCGGCCUGUGUCUGGUCUGCCAGGGAGGUCCGUCAGCCGGGUCCCUCAACUCAAAGCUCGCAUGGUCAGUAAAAGCAAAGACGGGACUGGAAACGAUGACAAAAAGACAAAGACAUCCACACCUUCCUCCGCCAAAACCUUGAACGAUAGGCCUUGCCUUAGCCCCAAACGCCCCAUUUCCGGUAGCUCAGACCCUUUGAUCAAACCCUCCAGCCCUGCCGUGUGCCCAGAGCCAUCUUCCUCUCCUAAACACGUCUCUUCUGUCACACCCCGAACCGGCAGCUCUGGAGCAAAGGAGAUGAAACUCAAGGGGGCUGAUGGCAAAACUGGGACGAAGAUUGCCACACCCCGGGGAGCUGCCCCUCCAGGCCAAAAAGGCACUGGCAACGCCACCAGAAUUCCAGCAAAAACCACACCCUCCCCGAAGACACCUCCUGGCACUGGGGAACCUCCGAAAUCUGGGGAUCGCAGCGGCUACAGCAGCCCCGACCCGGAGCCCCCAGCGGGGGGGCGGGAAGGUAAGGGCCGGGCCGCGGGUCGAGGGGUGGGGCUGCCGGCUCCGCCCAAGCGCGCACCAGCCCCGCGCCCCCUUCUCCGGGAGGAGACUGGCCUGGGGUUCCACCCUUCCCUUUGCGAGGUCUCCGCCAAGCUCAGUGCCCUGCUGCGGGAGAGCGGGUCCAGCGGGCCUUUCCCCUGCGCCCUGGGCGCUGGCAGGUUGCAGGGCUCGGGCGGCGGCCGCAGCGCCUCGGCUCCUGGCCCCGACGUGGCGCCCCCUGCAGGCCGCACCUCCGCAGCUGCUGGGGUGCAGAUAAUUAAUAAGAAGCUGGAUCUUAGCAACGUCCAGUCCAAGUGUGGCUCAAAGGAUAAUAUCAAACACGUCCCAGGAGGCGGCAGUGUCCAAAUAGUCUACAAGCCAGUGGACCUGAGCAAGGUGACCUCCAAGUGCGGCUCCUUGGGCAACAUCCAUCACAAACCAGGAGGUGGCCAGGUGGAGGUGAAAUCGGAGAAACUUGACUUCAAGGACAGAGUCCAGUCGAAAAUCGGGUCCCUGGAUAACAUCACUCAUGUCCCUGGUGGAGGGAAUAAAAAGAUCGAAACCCACAAGCUAACCUUCCGUGAGAAUGCCAAAGCCAAGACCGACCACGGCGCGGAAAUCGUGUACAAGUCGCCUGUGGUGUCCGGGGACACGUCUCCACGGCACCUCAGCAACGUCUCCUCCACUGGCAGCAUCAACAUGGUAGACUCACCCCAGCUUGCCACACUAGCUGACGAAGUGUCCGCCUCCCUGGCCAAGCAGGGUUUGUGAUCAGGCCCCCAAGUGGUCAAUAAUCGUGGAGAGAAGAGAGAGUGUGGAAAAAAAAAGAAUGACCUGGCCCUUCGCCCUCUGCCCUCCCCCAGCUGCUCCUCACAGAUCGGUUAAUCGGUUAAUCACUUAACCUGCUUUUGUCGCUCGGCUUUGGCUCCGGACUUCAAAACCAGUGACGGGAAUAAGAGCAAAUUUCAUCUUUCCAAAUUGAUGGGUGGGCUAAUAAAAUAUUUUUUAAAAAAAACAUUUAAAAUCAUAGCCACACCCAACAUUUCCUUGGGCAAUUCCUUUUGAUUCUUUUUUUUUCCGCCUCUGAGUAGAAGAGAGAGAAGGCGAGGCUCUGAAAGCUGCUGCUGGGGAAUUUAAGGCACUGGGGGCCCCUGCAAACUCUGGCCCCAUCCUGGGGGUGACAGAAGCAGCAGCAGCAAGGAUUUAAAACUUGGCAUGUCUGUGGAGCCACAGGCAGACAGGGUCACCUUGUGUGAAUGACGGGUGUGGUGGUGGGAGACCCGGGGCUGAGGAAGGCUGGGCAGGAGGUGGGCAGGGAGUGAGAGGACAGAUGAGAAGGGAGACAGAAACACGGUGGGAAUCGGGCCCUGCCGAACAUCGCUGGAAGGGCAGCAGGAAAGGCCACCCAUAGCCUCAGCCCUAUCCUGGUGGGCCAGGGUCUGCUGUGGGUUGGUGUCCCACUGUCUGGAGGAUGGCCCGUGGGAGGAGGGGCAGUGGCAGGAGGGUGGUACUCUGUGGGUUACUUCCUUAGAGAAGGCUGACCAUGAUGUCUGUGCAAGAGCCCUGGCCUCUACCUCCCUCUCUCCCUGCAGAGAGGGAGCCCUGAGCUGAGGGGCUUCCCUCUGCCCCAUGGAAACCCGAUUUUAAUGAGUUCUGAAGUUUGGAACUGCAGCCACGAUUUUGGCCUUCACAGACCUGGGACUUUAGGGCUAACCAGUUCUCUUCAUAAGGACUUGUGCCUCUCAGGGGACAUCUGCCUGUCUCCAAGCCUGGGCUUCCGGCAUCUCUGGAGUGUGCUGGGGUCUGGGAGGUGGGUCCUGAGCCUCCUGUCUUUCCCACGGCCACUGCAGCCCCCUGUCUGCCCUGCCAUGCCCAUGUGUCUGCCGUGAGAGCCCAGUCCCUGCCUGUACUCAUUAUGUCACACUGUCCCCAGUUCCCUCAGUAAGACACUGGUUAGAUGCGGGAGGUACUCCACGAAGGGGUGAGAUCAAAGGAAGGAAAGGCCAGGCCCAAGAACUGGACUUCAGUCUCUCGCUCCAAGUUCCAUUCAUCUAACUGCUCUCUCUCAUAGCCGACUGGGUUCUCUGUCCCCCACCUCCCAUUUCAGCCUUGAGUGAGGUGGGGCUCGGCCACAGAUGCAUUUUGCCUUGUUGACUUGGAGAGCCUCUUCCUCCUAGAAGGCCUGCCUGGUCCCCUUCCUAUGUUGAAGGGGUGGCAAGGCAGGCUCCCAGGGCAGGACCAGACUCUGUCCCCUACUUCCACCCCCAGCUUACGACUGCCAGCCUCCCAGAGAGCCCAGCUGCCGUUCACCUCCACGUGCAUAUAACCAGCCCUCCAUACCCCCAAAGACAAACAUGCCCCCUCGGAAAUGGUUCUCUGCCCGAUCCCAGCUGGAAGCAAUGCUGUCUGUUUUGCUGGAGCAGCUGAGCAUAUAUAGAUGUUGCCCUUCCCUCCCCGUCUGCACCCUGUUGCGUUGUAGUUGGAUUUGUCUGUUUAUGCUUGGAUUCACCAGAGUGACUAUGACAGUGAAAAGAAAAAAAGAAAAAAAGAAAAAAAAAAAAAAAAGGACGCAUGUAUCUUGAAAUGCUUGUAAAGGGGUUUCGAACCCACCCUCAUGGGAAUCCUAGCUGUCUCUCGCUCCACGCUGGGACUUGACUUAAGCAGGCCGGUGUGGCUCUACCCUACUAAUGGGGCCUCGUGAGUUUUGACAGGUUUUCAGCAGCACUGGGGACCCAGCAGAGACCAGAUUCUGACAUCUGAGCUGGACCCUCAGCGGCAGAGGCCUGAAGCACAGGACUAGGACAGAAGACAUGGGCCCCCUUCCCUGCCUCUGCUCUCAGGGCUCCCUUGGUCAGGGUGGUGUGUGCGGUGUGUCACGUGGCUGGCCUGCCUUGCAGUAUGAAGAUGGUUCCUCACUGGUCACAGCCUGGAGAAAGUUCCACAGCAGCCCUGAAAGAGGGUCUUACAACUCCUGCAUUGAAAGAAAGCAGCAGCCAGCUCGGUGGGGGUAAAGAUCUGCAGCCCCAGGAGCUCUACCAGCCUCUAGGCAGCCCACCCCUCAGCCUGGGGUCCCUAUCUAAGCUCUCAAGGGGGAUAGCCCUGGCCUCCUCACUAAAGACCCUAUCACCAUAGCAGGGACUGGGAUGGAUUCCUGUCCUGCACGGGCUCCAGGGCCUAGCUACCUGAGGAAGGGUGACAAGUUAGGAGAUACUGUUUCCAAAGCCUUGGCCUGAUCACUCAGCCCGCUGACCUUGCACACGCUCCAUCUGCUGCCAUGGGCAAAGGGAAGCAGUCUUUGCAGAAAAUUGUUUGAACAAAUUCAGCAGACUCGGGCCCAGCUCUGCCACUUUCCAUUUGGGGAUUUAAGGCCACCCUGGGGGCAGGGUAGGAGUCAUCCAGGCCCUUGGCUGAAGUUGGAGACUUCAUCAUUUGCAGCCAGAUCUUCCCAUGCAAGGAAUUAUCUGGGCCCAGAACUUUUCACCAUGAGGCUCCCCUGUUCUCCAAGCCCCAGCUGUUCUCCUAAGGGUUCUGAGAAAGAAAAAGGAAAUGUGGUUUAAAGAUCUGGAGGUCAUCAGAGAGGUGGUCCCCUCAUUAUCGCCACUUAUUUGGGCUGUACCUCUUCUUUCCUGCAGUCCUGUCCCCUUGCUCUGGUGAGCUCUUGAACGUCCUCUGUGGGGUGGGCUACUGGGGUCAGCCUAAAGAUCAUGGCAGGUAGGUUGCAAAGGGAUGCAAGCUUAUGACCUUCAAUGUGGACAAUCCUCCCAGGGUCUGGGCACUCCACCCUUCCCCUCACUUCUCCCAAUUUGAGCCAAUGUCCUGGGUGGGCUAGAAAGGACAGACCAUAUACCUGGUUUCUUCGAGCUCUCCAUUCACUUUGUCCAUAGUUCCAUUUAAACUGACUUCAGUGGUGAGACUGUAUCCUGUUUGCGAUUGCUUGUUGUGCUAUGGGGGGAGGGGGGAGGACUGUGUAAGAUAGCUAACAUGGGCAGAGGGAAGUCUGAGAGCAGCAGUUACACUGCCUUGGAACCCUUUCAUUUCAGCCACAUUUGCUAGAGGGAGGAAGGGAGGCCACAGGGCUAAAGGUCCUCAGAGCUUUGCUUUUCCACUGACAGCUUACAGGCUGUAGCAGGCUGCCAGCUCAGUCCCUCCCACCCCACCCCACACCGGGAGCAAGCAGCAGGGCUUGGGAAGGAACUUGAUCUAGUUGCUUUGGCCUCCUGCUCCCUUGUGGGGUCCAAAUCCCACAAUCUUAUCUCCCUAAGAUGCUGGCAUCCUUUCCUCUGAGCCACUGGUACUGUGUCACCUCUCCCACCAAAUCCAGACCCCUGGCUGGUACUUCUAGCAGCUGCCGAGAUCGCUUCCUUCACCCUCAUCUUUGUCCCCCAAGUGAAGCCGAAGGGAGGGGACAAGGGCAGAGGUGAUCAUCAGCUUGUCCCAUCUACAGAUCUGUGGCUUCAUGAGACUUCUGGUUCUCUCCAGCUUUGAAAAGGGUUACCUUGGGCACCAACCCAGAGGCUCACCUUCUAACGGACUCAGUCCCAUGAAUUUGCAGUGUCGGGCAGGACAAUUUCUGGCACUAGCAAGUCCCAUGAUUUCUUGGGUAAUUGAGGGUGGGGGGAGGGACAUGAAAUCAUCUUAGCUUAGCUUCCUGUCUGUGAAUGUCC